AUGGGACGUUACAGACAGUACAGACUCAGCUGUGAGGGAAGCGGUGGUGUGACUGGCAAUGGGGGCUUUGGGUUGGAGAGAGCGGGAAUGAAUUUGGGGUCAGAGAGGGGGAAAGGAAGCGAGAGAGCGGCGACGUCGACUUAUGGAGGCUUGGGAGGCGUCGAAGUUUGGAGGGCCGGGCGGAGGUAUGGAGGCUGCAAAAGGACGGACGAAUAA